AUGGAAACUGUCAAGCAUGAGUUCGAAAUAUGUUCAUCAAUCAAGAAGCUUUCGACAUGGAAGUGUGCAAGCACUAGUGGGCAAAGAGUUUACAAUGGUUCCAUGCAGGAGCGCCAAAGGACCGAAAAGGAAAGAGAAUCGCAUCGUUACAAUUUGGAGGCCGGGUCAAGUGGGAAAAAACCAUUGCAUGAUUCAAGGACUUGGGGUGCUGAAAAGGGAGUGAAGAAACCGCUGCUUCUUGGUUGUUCAACAAGUAAAGCUGUAGUGUGCAACAGUGAAGUUGAAGAACUAAAUGAGCGGUUGAGGAUUCUUGAAGAAGAAACUGAAACUAUGAAGCAAGAGUUAUUUGAGAGUGCACAAGAGAGAAAGAAGUUGAUGAAUGAGAUAUAUCAGCAGUUUCAGAUGCUAGAAAUUGACCCCAGAUCUCUGGUAGCAAAAGAAUUCAAGUCUACUGAUGGAAAUACAAGUGUCAACUCUUCACAGGAUGGGAGAAUGGGAACUAGUUUGUCAGAUAUCUUGCACCAAGAUCCACAUCCAUCUCUUGUCACCAGAAAUCUUAGAGCUAAUGCUUUGGCACUGCUGAUGUAA